CCGCGGCCGCCGCCGGGAGGGGAGGCGCCCGGCCCGCCGCCCGCAGGGCGGGUCCAGAGGGACCAUGACCUUGGACUCCCUCAGGAGAGGCUUUCUGAUGCUACUGAUGGCCUUGGGCUUGACCCAGGGAGACCCUGUGAAGCCCUCCCGGGGCCCGCUGGUGACCUGCACGUGUGAGGGUCCAACCUGCAGGGGGUCCACCUGCCAGGGGGCCUGGUGCAUAGUAGUGCUGGUACGGGAGGAGGGCGGACAACCCCAGGAGCAUCGGGGCUGUGGGAGCCUGCACGAGGAGCUAUGCAAGGGGCGUCCCACCGAGUUCGUCAACCACUACUGCUGCUACAGCCCCCUGUGCAACCAAAACGUGUCUCUGGCACUGGAUGACACCCAGACUCCUCCAGAACAGCCGAAAGUAGACGGCCAGCUGCCUCUGAUCCUGGGCCCUGUGCUGGCCUUAUUGGUCCUGGUGGCCCUGGCUGCCCUGGGCCUGUGGCAUGUCCGGCGGCGGAGGCGGGAGAAGCAGAGGGGUCUGCACAGCGAUCUGGGCGAGUCCAGCCUCAUCCUGAAGGCGUCGGAGCAGGGGGACAGCAUGCUGGGGGAUCUCCUGGACAGUGACUGCACCACGGGCAGUGGCUCAGGACUGCCCUUCCUGGUGCAGAGGACAGUGGCGCGGCAGGUGGCCCUGGUGGAGUGUGUAGGAAAGGGCCGCUACGGCGAGGUGUGGCGCGGCCUGUGGCAUGGUGAGAGCGUGGCCAUCAAGAUCUUCUCUUCAAGGGAUGAACAGUCCUGGUUCCGGGAGACGGAGAUCUACAACACGGUGCUGCUCAGACACGACAACAUUCUAGGCUUUAUCGCCUCGGACAUGACUUCCCGCAAUUCGAGCACGCAGCUGUGGCUCAUCACGCACUACCACGAGCAUGGGUCACUCUAUGACUUUCUGCAGAGGCAGACGCUGGAGCCCCAGCUGGCCCUGAGGCUGGCUGUAUCGGCCGCCUGCGGCCUGGCACACUUGCACGUGGAGAUCUUCGGCACGCAGGGCAAACCGGCCAUCGCCCACCGGGACCUCAAAAGCCGCAACGUGUUGGUCAAGAGCAACCUCCAGUGCUGCAUCGCCGACCUGGGCCUGGCUGUGAUGCACUCCCAGGGUAGUGAUUACCUGGACAUUGGAAACAACCCACGAGUGGGCACCAAGCGGUACAUGGCCCCCGAGGUGCUGGAAGAGCAGAUCCGCACCGACUGCUUCGAGUCCUACAAGUGGACAGACAUCUGGGCCUUUGGCCUGGUGCUGUGGGAGAUCGCCCGUCGGACCAUUGUCAAUGGCAUCGUGGAGGACUACCGGCCACCCUUCUAUGACGUGGUGCCCAAUGAUCCCAGCUUUGAGGACAUGAAGAAGGUGGUGUGUGUUGAUCAGCAGACCCCCACCAUCCCCAACCGGCUGACCGCAGACCCGGUCCUCUCAGGCCUGGCUCAGAUGAUGCGGGAGUGCUGGUACCCCAACCCUUCUGCCCGCCUCACGGCUCUGCGGAUCAAGAAGACACUACAGAAACUCAGCAACGGUCUCGAGAAGCCCAAAGUGAUUCGCUAGCCACAGGCCUGAAGCCUGACUCCCCUGUACCUGCAGUGCGUGUGGGGUGGGUGGCAGACGGUGGGUGCCCUGUCUGGGUAGAGGUGGCGUGAGUACGCGUGCUGGGGAGGAGGGUGCCCCUCUCUGGGCCGCUGUGCCCGCCUGCCGGCUCAUCCAGCCAAAAAUACAGCUGGGCUGAAACCCGAUCCCCCCGCCGUCUGGCCCAGCGCAGAGAAGCAGGCUCCCUGACGCCUGGCUCUCUCCCCACCCUCACGCCCUGGGGCACAGCCCCUACCACCCCCAGGAUAGGAUGCAAAAGAGGCCCCAGAGCCAGGGUGGCCAGGCCAGGGAAUCCCAGUCCCCGGGCCCAGAGCCUAGGCCUGCACUUUACCCCCUGCCCUCAGUUAACCCCACUGCCCCACCAGACCUGCCCGGGUGACACAGGGCCUUGUGUCACCAGCCUUCAGUAGACAUCCUGCCCUGCCAGGUCUCAGCCUCUGGCACAAGCCCGACAGACACCCAGGGCCUGUCAUUUUCUCUGUGUGGGUUUCUAUCUCAGCUCUAUGAGGCCUGGGGCCUCUGUCUCCGGGACAAGACCCCACCAGCUGAGCACCAGCCGCCAACCAUCUGGGAGAGCUGGGGCCCGGAUCCUGGGCCCCUCCCCCACCUCCAUCCUAGCUGCCUUAUUAGGGCGUUCCACCCAGGGAGUCCUGCUGCAGGUGUGGCGGGGUCAGAGGACAGUGCAGAGGUAGCAGGUCAGACGGGUGAGGCCCAGGACUUUCGGACUAACUGAAAGCUUGGCUUUCAGAAGCCCAGCGCAGCUGGGGAAAGACUCAGCUGGGAGUCAGGAGACUCAGGUUCUGGUCCUAGGUAAUUGCUCUACGUGACAAGAAUGAGGCCUUCACUGUCCCAGGACCUUCACUGUCCCACAGUCCUGAUGUCCUCUGAGGUUUCUUUGAAAUUUCAGCCGGUGUCAGAGCUCAGUUCAUCAGUCCCUUCUGCUCCUUUUGCCCCCCAGCCCCUGGCAAUUUGCCUCCAGAUGGGGAUUUGAAAAGAACUUUAUCUGAGGCCAGGAGUGCCUGAAGGGCCUCCUAGACUAAUUCUGCAAGCUCCAGUUCCUGCUUUAACUCAAACCAGCCGCCAUCCUUGGGCCCAGACAACCCUGGGCCUUUGGGCAGGCAAGCCGGCCGCUCACCCCGCUGUGGCUUAGCCUUCUCUGUCCAGGACUGAGAAGGGCUGAGGGCCGGCUUCCUGCAGGGCCUCUGAGGCUCAGAAGAAAUUUGGCUCCAGCCAGCAAGCCUCCAGCACCCAGGUUCCUGCUCUCCACUGGUCCCUGGCCCAGGCCCACAGUCUUGGCCAGACCCCAGACCGUGUGUGUCUAAGAACCACCUGAUGGCUGUGGAGAAACACGUGGAAUGUUCAGCAUUUGGCAACGUCAAGGGUGUAUGUCCAUGUGAUGGAGAGGUUACCCCAAAGCCUGGGCUGGUUACCCCAAAACCUGAGGAGGUAGAGCCUCAGGUUUGUGGGGUGGGAGGGCUCAGGCUAGGGAUGAGAACAGUCCCAAGCUCAGAAGACCUGGCCUCUCAGCCCUUGGGGCAGGGAAGGACCCACCAUUCUCCACAGGAGGUGACAAAAAUACAGCCUCCUUCCCUCCCGCUGCAAAUGACCCAGCACCCCCCCCCCCUGCCCCCACCCAGGGGCGGCUUGCGUGCACCGUGGCAUUUUCCCAGGCCUGGCUCCCUGAGUUGUGCAAGGCCCGAAGGAGAACCAGGAAGUGAAACUGGUGAAAACAGAAAGUGAGAGGGACCUGUUAGGUUCUCAGAUGAUCACAGGGCAGUUUACUUCCCGGCAGUUUUGCGUCUUCUGGUUACUGGAACCCGCUCAGCCCAGGAGUCAGUCUUCCCCAUGACAGAUUUUAUCUCUGCUGGAUUUGGGAGCAAAGAGGCUCCUCCUGGGACUCCAAAGGCAGCAGCUCUCCAGAGGCUGGAAAAUGCCUGAGGGGGUGAAGGUCUGAGGCGGGAAGUGGAGUGACAGGGGCCGGCUUACGGCCAGUGGUCAGGGAUGGAAAGAGGCUUUGGUGAGAGCAGAGCACCCGGUGCUUCCGUCUGAGUGCAGGAAGGUGUGCCAGGGCCCAAAUUACAGCCUCUUACCUGGAGAUCCUGCUUGUGGGAGCACUCAGCUCGUGCUCAGCACACAGUAGGUCCUCAAUAAACCAUGGUCCAAUCUCGA